AUGUCCGAACCUGUUAUUACUUCGCUUUUAGAUACAGACAUGUAUAAGAUUACCAUGCAUGCAGCAGUGUUUACGAAUUUCCCAAAUGCUAAUGUGAUUUACAAAUAUACCAACAGAUCUUCACAAAUGUCAUUCAACGAACCAGCCAUAAAUUGGUUAAAGGAACAGAUUAAAUAUUUAGCCGAUUUACGAUUCCAACCGGAUGAAAUCGCAUAUCUUAAGGAAGUCAUCCCAUAUUUACCAAAUGAUUAUCUGGAAUAUAUUGGUUCUGAAAACUUCGCAUUAGAUCCGUCAUCCCAAAUUAAAUUUUCCUCGACCCAAAAACCAGGUACCAAUCACUAUGAUAUAAAUUUACUUAUUGAAGGUAAUUGGAAAGAUACAAUAUUAUACGAAAUCCCACUUUUAGCACUUGUAUCAGAAGCAUAUUUCAAAUUCGUUGAUACCGACUGGGAUUAUACAAAUCAGAUUGAAAAUGCUCAACAAAAGGCAAAGAAACUUUUCCAAGGAGGAUUACAAUUUAGUGAAUUUGGUACUAGACGCCGUAGAUCGUUAAAGACCCAAGACUUAGUCUUACAAGGGAUCCUAAAGGCAAUAAAUGAAGAUAUUUCCAAAGGUUACGAUAAAUUACUACUAGGUACUUCUAAUGUCUUAUUUGCUAAAAAUUUUGGGUUGAAACCUAUUGGUACUGUGGCUCAUGAAUGGGUCAUGGGUGUGGCAGCAAUAUCAAAUGACUAUAUCAAUGCUAAUAAAGAUUCCAUGGAUUAUUGGAUCAAGACAUUUGGGGCCCAAAAUGCGGGCUUAGCAUUAACUGAUACUUUUGGUACUGACGAUUUCUUAAAAUCUUUCUAUCCACCAUACUCAGAUGCAUACGUUGGUGUUAGGCAAGAUUCAGGUGAUCCUGAAAAAUAUGCCGAGAAAAUUGCUCAUCAUUAUUUAGACGUCUUGAAAUUACCUAAAUUUAGUAAAUCUAUUUGUUUCUCUGAUUCUUUGAAUGUUGAGAAAGCGAUCAAAUAUAAUGACGCAGCUCAAAGGAAUGGAUUACUAGCUACAUUUGGUAUUGGUACACAUUUCACAAAUGAUUUCCAAAAGAAAUCAAAUCCAAAUGAAAAAAGUGAACCAUUAAAUAUUGUUAUUAAAUUAUUGAAAGUAAAUGGAAAUCAUGCUGUCAAGAUCUCAGAUAAUCUAGGUAAGAACAUGGGGGAUCCUGCUACUGUUAGAAGAGUCAAAGAGGAAUUAGGAUAUAUUGAGCAUAAAUGGUCAGGAGAUAAUGAAGCUCAUAGAUGGACCACUUGA